ACCCGGCUGCAGCCCGGACUCCGUGGGCUCUGAAGCAUGUACACUCGCAGCAGGGUGCUGGGCUCCGGGCUCAGCGCCUCCUCUUCCUCCCGCCCGGCCCAGGACCCCUAUGGGCGGCGCGGGGGGCUGGGCCCGCUGCCAGGCGAGAGACCCGGGUCGGAGGCAGCCCCCAACGGCCCUUCUCGGGAGAGCACAGAGCACGCGCGCCACAUGCACAGAGGCGCAUAUACUGUGAUAGCACCACCUGAAAACCGGAGAAAUCAGAUGCAAAGCAUUGCUGCGCAGGAGCUGGCUAACCUGGAGAAGUUGAAGGAACAGCACAGAGCUAAACCAGUGUACCUGGUGCCCAGGCGGCUAGGUGGAAGCCAAUCAGAGGCUGAAGUCAGGCAGAAACAACAACUCCAACUGAUGCAAUCUAAAUACCAGCAAAAGAUAAAAAGAGAAGAAUCUAUAAGAAUCAAGAAGGAAGCUGAAGAAGCCAAACUCCAAAAAAUGAAGGCAAUUCAGAGAGAGAAGAGCAAUAAACUGGAGGAGAAAAGAAGAAAUGAAGAAAACCUCAGAAGAGAAACAUUUAGAGAGCAUCAGCAACACACAAAUGCUGAGUUCUUGAGCAGACUGAACAUGAAGUUGCCAAACAAAAGUACCUGUCCGACUGCUCUUCCUGACUCACGAUCCUCCACAUGGGCCAGAAGCCAGGCUUAUAAAAAUUCUCUAAAGGAGGAAGAAAACCAAAAAUUGCAAAAGAUGAAGGAUGAACAGCGUCGGAAGAGUGAAUUAUUGGAACUUAAGUGGCAACAGCAAGAGGAAGAGCGCGCCAGAAUCCACCGAACUGAACACAGGAGGGUAAAUAAUGCUUUUCUGGACCGACUCCAAGGCAAAAGUCAGCCAGGUGGCCUCGAGCAGUCCGGAGGCGAUUGGAAUAUGAAUAGCGGCAACAGCUGGAGUCCUCUAUUAGUUUUCAUGAAGCAUCUAAGGGCAUAUGAGAAAUAUUUUACUUCUAUUUGGCCUUCACCAACUGACCUUGAAAAACCUCAUGAGAUGCUUUUCCUUCAAGCGAUUUUGUUCAGCCUCACUGUUUUUACCUUGACUUCAAUUGCCCACCCACUCAACUAAGAGGUCGGGGAUGACUGGUUUCUCCCUGUCCUUAUUUUUGCAUGUUUGCCGGAGCUGAUUACUGAACUCACAUUUAAUCUCUACUGCCUGUGAAAUGUUACAUUAUUUUUCUAAUUGGUUUUGCCUCUUAUUGGAAGUAUAAUUAGAGCAAUGUUAGUAAGAUAGAAAAUGAGGGAAUUACUUGAUGCUUUCAGGUUAGCGAGAGCUGUGGGUGCUACAGGCUCAUCUCUCUAAGCCACUAAUUCUUACCUACUUCUUGGAUCAGGUUUGGGGGAGCUCUG